GUCAAAAGUCAGUUUCAAGUCUAGACAGAACAGUGUUUGUACGUUUGUAGUUAUUUAAGUGUUUUGGGCUUAAUCAACAUUUAUUGAAAAGAACGAAAUAAAACUAAUAAGUAAUCUAUAGAAGAUGAAGAAUAAUAAUUCGAUAUAAAAAUCCAGAAGUUAUUUAGAAUAAGUUGAAUAAUACCUGCCAGCCGUAUACAAACAUAACCUUAAAGUUUGGAGAAGCACGUGCCGAUUUUCAGAAUGGAAGAUCAUUCGAAUAGUGUGAAGUCAAAGAAAAAAAAGAUAAAAUCAUCCGAAAUAACUACAUUACAAAAGUUGGGUGAUUUUUCUGUGGAGUCGUCCGAGAAGAUUGCUAAAUUGGAUACAUCGGAAUGGCCAUUGUUAUUAAAAAACUAUGACCGUUUGAAUGUAAGAACAAAUCAUUAUGUACCCAUACCUACUGGUUCAUCUCCUUUGAAGCGAGACAUUUCUGAAUACGUUCGAUCAGGAUACAUAAACUUGGAUAAACCUAGUAACCCGAGUAGUCACGAAGUUGUGGCAUGGAUAAAGAGGAUUCUGAAGGUUGAAAAGACAGGACAUUCAGGUACUUUGGACCCUAAAGUUACUGGUUGUUUGAUAGUGUGUAUUGAAAGAGCUACAAGAUUGGUAAAAUCCCAACAAGCUGCAGGUAAACAAUACGUUGCUGUUUUCAAGUUACACUCUGCCGUUGAAUCUAUUAAACAUGUUGUCCAAGGGCUGGAAAAAUUGAAGGGAGCACUAUUUCAAAGACCUCCACUGAUAUCCGCUGUUAAAAGACAGUUACGUGUUCGAACAGUUUAUGACAGCAAAUUGUUGGAUUACGAUGAAUCUAGGAAUAUGGGAGUAUUCUGGGUCAAAUGUGAGGCUGGGUCAUAUGUACGUACAUUAUGUGUACAUCUAGGUUUGAAUGUCGGAGUUGGAGGGCAAAUGCUAGAACUUAGGCGGGUCCAGUCUGGCGUAACUGGUGAAGAAGAUGACAUCGCAACAAUGCAUGAUGUAUUAGAUGCACAGUGGCUAUAUGAAAAUCACAAUGACGAGACUUACCUCAGAAGAAUCAUCAAGCCUCUUGAGGGUUUACUAAUCAAACAUAAAAGAAUCAUAAUGAAAGAUAGCUCGGUGAACGCUGUUUGUUACGGAGCAAAAAUUUUACUUCCUGGUGUUCUCAGAUAUGAAGACAAUAUUGAAUUGAAUGAAGAAAUAGUAAUUGUGACUACGAAAGGUGAGGCCAUAGCUUUGGCAAUAGCUCAGAUGACAACUUCGACUAUGGCCAGUUGCGACCAUGGUUGUGUUGCUAAAAUCAAAAGAGUUAUAAUGGAACGAGAUUUAUAUCCAAGGAAGUGGGGACUUGGUUCCAGAGCAAGCCAGAAGAAAAUAUUGAUUGCCAAGGGGCAGUUGGAUAAAUAUGGCAAACCAAAUGAAAACACUCCUAAGGAAUGGUUGCAUAGUUAUGUUGAUUAUUCUAUACCUGCAGCUGCGAAAGAAAAUGACGAGGAAUCCGUAAAGAAACGAAAAUUGGAAACCGAUGAAACAGUACCUACAGAAACGGUUUCGCCGGAAAGAAAGAAGAAAAAAAAGAGCAAGUCAAAAGGCGAAGAUUCCGCUGAGGGCUUAACAGAGGGUACUACAGAGAGUGGAGGAGAUGCUGCAGAGAGAGUAGACUCUACAUUAGAAGAGGAAUCUAAAAAAGAGAAAAAGAAAAAAAAGAGUAAAUCAAAAAGUGAAGAGAGCGGAGGAGAAAUCUAUUUUUGA